AGACCACAGCCCAGAUGUUACAGACCUUCGGGACGGACCUGGCCGAGACGGAGCUGCCCAACGAUGUCCAGUGCACAGAGCAGCUCCUGCAGGCACACAUGGAGCGGCACGGCGAAUUGAAGGCUGAGCUCAAGUUGGCGGGGAGCCAGGGGGCCACGUUACUGUCGUGCAUCCGAGAACCGGCCAGCAAGAAUCCCAACAGCAAGCUCAACCCUGACGAACUGGAGAACAUCCUGACAGUGGAAAGGUUACUAGCACAGCUGGAUGAGACAGAAAAGGCCUUUGACCAGUUCUGGACCAAACAUUAUCUGAAGUUAAACCAGUGCCUUCAGUUGAGGCACUUUGAGCACAAUUUCCGAGAGGUUAAACUGGCCCUGGACAGCCUCAUAGGUGUACAGGCAAAACUCACAGUCAUUGGGGAUAACGUGGCACGUGUGGAGCAACUGCUGAGGGAGCGGAAGCAGCUGGAGGAGAGAGGACAGGUGGGCACAGGAGACGGCGGGGGCUGCCCAAGGCCUGGCUCAGGGACGGCCUGAGCCUCUCCCUGAGGAGGACCCAUUGGAGCAGGCCCUGGCCCCAGCCGAAGCCCUGACAGGGAUGGGGACCCACACCAGGGAGGGGGCAGGGUCUCAGCUGGGGCAGGGAUGAAGGUACAAAGGACUCCUGGUAGAGGGGCAAGAGCAAGGCACACACUGACGCUGCUAACCUGAGGGACCCGGGGAAGGGGGGAGAUGGCACCCUAAAUGUAACAGGGAAACUGGGAGGGAGGGAGGCCUUUGGGAAAAAAGAGAGUGUGUUUAGUUUGGGACAUAAGUGAGAUAGAGAUGCUUGUAGGACAGCCAGUUCACAUUUCCUAUAGGCAAUUGGUGACAUUGGACCAAAGCUCAGGAGACUGUUCUAGAGUUAGAUAUAUAGCUGGGGGAUAGAUGAAUGAGAGAGA